CGUUCUACACUUCCGUGUCAUUUUUUUUUAUGGGUCGAGCGUGGCAUAUGUCAGAGACUGAUGAAACAGUUGGUAAGGAUUGUGAGACCACUGUUACAAAAAAUCUGUUUUAAGAACAUUCCGCAUCGUCAGGUUUUGAAGACAUUUUGCUCGAGUUGUGUACAUUCUAAACAGCAAACAGAGGACUGGGGCUUCAAGAAAAGGCAGGCAUACAAUAGUCCACCAAGAAGCGAAAUUGCCAUGUCGGACACCGAAAUUGAAGCCCUGUUAGCCCCACUGAGAGCAGCUGUCAAAGAACAGGGUGACCUAGUACGUAAAUUAAAAUCCGAGAAAGCCCCUGAUGUAGAUAUCCAGAAAGCUGUAGCAGAGCUGAAGCAUAGAAAGCAGGCUUUGGAGGCAAAGGAAUUGGCGUUGUCCCCAAAAGAUGACUUCGACCGAGCAAAAUUGGAGGAUUUACUGAAACAGAAGUUUUUCUUUGAUCAGUCCUUUUCAAUUUAUGGAGGUGUCAAUGGUCUAUAUGACUUUGGUCCAAUGGGGUGUGCCGUGAAGGCAAAUCUGAUCCAGUUUUGGAGGAACUUCUUUGUGCUUGAGGAACAGAUGCUGGAGGUGGACUGCUCCGUGCUGACACCGGAAACUGUACUAAAAGCCUCCGGUCAUGUGGAGAGGUUCCAGGAUCACAUGGUGAAGGACCUGAAAAAUGGGGCUUGUUUCCGUGCCGAUCACUUAGUAGAAGGUUUCUUUGAGAAGGUGUUAAGUGACAAAAAGGUAGCCGCAGCGAAGAAGGACGAGAUACGACAGAUAUUACCCAGAAUUGAGGGUAUGACCAAGGAAGAGCUAGGCGAGUUGAUACGCAAGUAUGAGAUGAAGUCUCCCGUGACAGGGAAUGAUGUCAGUGACCCGAUGGAAUUCAACCUCAUGUUUGGUACAUCUAUAGGGCCGACUGGUCAGAUCAAAGGAUUUCUCCGACCAGAAACUGCUCAGGGUAUUUUCGUAAAUUUCAAACGCCUGCUACAGUUUAAUCAGGGAAAACUACCGUUUGCAGCAGCUCAAAUUGGAAAUGCAUUCCGAAACGAAAUCUCACCGAGAUCAGGUCUCCUACGAGUAAGAGAGUUUACGAUGGCCGAAAUUGAGCAUUUCUGUGACCCAGAGCUGAAGUCAACUCAUCCUAAGUUUGACACUGUGGCUGACCUGGAGUUGACCCUUUAUUCUGCCUGUAACCAGAUGGAUGGCAAGGCACCAGAAAAGAAAAAGAUCAAUGACGCUGUGAGGGAGAAAUUGAUCGCCAAUGAGACGCUAGGCUAUUUUAUGGGUCGGAUAUACCUGUUUAUGGUGAAGAGUGGUAUAGAUCCCAAGCGCCUGCGGUUCCGUCAACACAUGUCCAACGAGAUGGCUCAUUAUGCCAAGGACUGUUGGGACGCCGAGUGUAAAACAUCUUACGGCUGGGUGGAAUGUGUGGGUUGUGCGGACCGAUCCUGUUACGAUCUGACCCAGCAUACCAAGGCUACUGGGGUUAAACUAGUGGCGGAGAGGAAACUGGCUGAAGCUAAAACCAUUGAUGUUACCGAGUGUGUACCCAACAUGAAGCUCAUGGGAAAGGCCUUCAAGAGGGAGGCCAAAGAUGUCUCGACACACAUCAGUGGUCUGUCUACAGAGGAUAUAGAAAGUCUCGAAAAUAGCCUCAAAGAAAAUGGAGAAUUCUCCGUUGAUGUGAACGGUAAAUCAUUCACCCUGAAAUCUGACAUGCUGGAGAUCAAGCGUUACCCAAAGACAGUACAUGUUGAAGAGAUUAUGCCGUCUGUGAUAGAACCGUCAUUUGGAGUCGGACGAGUUAUGUAUUCUAUAUUCGAACACAGUUUUAAAACAAGGGAGGGAGAUGAACAGAGAACAUACCUGUCUCUACCAGCAAUGAUCGCACCCUACAAGUGCUCCGUCCUACCUCUCAGUACAAAUGCAGAACUACAGCCUUUUGUUAAACAGCUCUCGAUGGCCUUGACCAAAUGUGAUAUAUCGCACAAAGUGGACGACAGCGGUGGUUCUAUUGGCCGGAGAUAUGCCCGCACUGACCAGCUCGCCGUCCCCUAUGGAAUGACUGUGGAUUUUGACACACUGAAAACCCCCCACAGUGCUACACUAAGAGAUAGGGACUCUAUGAAACAGAUACGAGCCCCGAUUGAUGAGUUGCCGGAGAUUGUACGUGAUCUGUCUAAUGGCCGCAGGACAUGGAAUGAUGUGAUCAACAAUUACCCAAUAUUUGAACAGCAGGAAAAUUAAAUGGACACUGAUAAUGGCUUUCAAUGGUGCACAACGGUGCUGGACUUACAUUCAUCUAUGAUGAAUUUUACAUGAAAUGACAUUUUAAAAAUAUUAUCAUUUAUUUAUAAAUAUCUGCAAAAAAACUGAACGCCAGUUUCAAUUUUCUUAUGAGAAGUUUUGAAUAACCAUUAAAAAUUGAAAUUAUGGUAUCUAAAGUAUCUAUUCAAUUCAACAGUAUUCAAAUACAUGUUAAUCAACAUGAUUUGGUCUUGAGAAAUUGAGAUCAAAAUUA